GGCCUGACGUCACGCGGGCAUGACGUCACUGCCCUGACGUGCGGCUGCAUCGUGUUCCCCUAGAGAGCCGCUGGGGGCAGACGGGGGUUGAUUGAGGGAGGCCCCAUGGCGGGUGUCCCGCAGGGGGGCCGGGUCUAGAUGAGCCCAACCCAUCCCCUCUCCCCAGGGCUCUGUCGUGACAGCCUGGCGAGGCCUCGUCGCGUCACCGCCCGGCCGCCGCGCCCUGUGCGGGGAUGGUUCUCUUGGCACUUUGGGCUGGCCUGGCCAUGAUGUUUUGGUUUGAGGAGUUGUCUGGAUUUUGCUUUCUUUUUUAUUAUGUUUUAAAAUGUCACUUGAGCCAGGGGAUGCGCUUUUAAACCAUAGACCGAGAAAGGUGUAUUAUAACAAACUACUUGACAGGCUACACAAAGAUGAUAUAUACAUUGGAUUUCCUAUUUCCACUACUAAUAUCAGUGGUCUUCAAAGUGCACUGGGAUUCAGAUAUUUCUAAGAAACUCUCUGUCAAUGAACAACUCAAGACCCUCCUCACUGAUCUCGGUUUAAUGCAGACAGCUUGAUAUUACGCAUCCUGCUCCUUACUCCAAGUUAAAUGAAAAAAACAAUUUUCUCUAAUCUUCCAUGAAUCUCAGUUGUUGCCUGUUAGCUGUGAUUAUUAGCGCUGGUCUGCCUGCUGCUUUUGCCCUGGAAAAUGUAGCUUCUAACAGGACAAUUACACCUGGGUCAAGAUUCAUUUCUCUGACUGCUUCACUUCAUCCAGUCUUCCGAGUUGUGGCAAAUUCUCCAGCACAUCAUGAUAUCAUAGCAAAGGAGGGGACCAGUGCUUUAAUUGAAUGUAAACUGAACAUCAGCCAGUAUGAAUUUAUCCUUUGGUACAAUUCAAAAGGACAGCUCCUCAAUGAAAGAGAUGAAGGUGGAAGAUGGUUGAUCACUGACCGAAUCCUUAACAUUACCAGCGUAACUUUUGGUGACCGCGGGCGGUACACCUGUGCAGCCACUAAUCGUAAUGGCACCUCUUACUACACAGUCACCCUGAGGGUUAUCUUCACAUCCGGGGACAUGAGCAUCUACUACAUGAUUGUGUGUCUGGUUGCCUUCACAAUCAUCCUCAUUUUAAACAUCACCCGUCUGUGUAUGAUGAGCAGCCACCUCCGCAAGACAGAGAAGGCCAUCAAUGAAUUCUUCAGGACAGAAGGGGCUGAGAAGCUUCAGAAAGCCUUUGAGAUCGCCAAGCGCAUUCCUAUCAUCACAUCUGCCAAAACCUUAGAGCUGGCCAAAGUCACCCAGUUUAAGACCAUGGAAUUUGCUCGAUACAUUGAAGAGCUUGCAAGAAGCAUCCCCCUCCCACCUCUGAUCCUGAACUGUAGGGCAUUCAUGGAGGAAAUCUUCGAAGCAGUGCGAGUUGAUGAUCCUGAUGAAGUUGGUGAGGAAACGAAACAGACCCAAGCCCUUGCUACCCAAGAUGCAAUCUACCCCAUCAAUCCAGAGCCCAAGCGCAGUAAUUCACCAGCAGGGGACUCGGAUGAUGGCUCCAUGAAUGAGCAGGGUCAAGAAAUAGCAGUCCAGGUAUCGGUCCACCUUCAGUCAGAAAUACAAAGCAUUGACACUGUUUCCCAUGACAGCUGCCAUACUGUACCUUCUGAAGAAGAGGUCUGCUGAAUCCAGCGAGAUGGGGUUACUAAAGCUGUGUCUGAUUUCUGUAGGGCAUCGAGAGAAAAGGAAUUACAGUCAGAUGUGCACAAGAAAUAAUGAAUUUUUUUCCAGAAUAUUAGGUGCCAAAACUUUAUCUAAAUCUGUGCAUUUCCUCAUCUAUGUUUCUAAGUGCCAAUGUAUAGAUUUAAGCCUGCUUAGAUGAGACCAUUUGGAAUACUGCUUCGCAACAAUUUUGUAAAGCAAACAUACUCCACUGGAAGCAUUUCACAAAGGGGAUAAUUCACACUCAGUUUCUUGAUUACCUCAGUUACUGUAUCAGAGGUAGCUAAAUUGAGCUAAACACCUGCCAUAGAAUCCUUUCCUUUGUGAACUGUUUCUUCAUAUACACAAAGAAAUCUGAAUUCUUUCAGAUUCAAGUCUGCCUGCAUUAUUGUCCUGACGAUUUGAGAGGUGUGCUCUUUUUGAGUUGCCUCUUGAUGUGUGCAGCCAAUCAAAACUAUGGGCUUCGGCAAAUCUGCUUUGUGUAUUUUGCUUUUGUGUUGCCAUCAAAACAUACUGUACUUGGAAUAAGGAAUAGUGCCAGACUGUGCAUCUGGAUUAAAUUAAUUGUCAUAGUUUCAAAGCAGUUUAUGGAAUAACCAGGGCUCUAAGGUUUUAAUGAUUCUGCAGAAACUUACCAAAACACCAUUGUAGCAUAUGGAAAAUUAAAUCUUGAUUUUGACAUAAUCAGCACCAUGGUUAAAUGACCAAUAUUGGUAGAUGCCUUACCCUGUUUCUGUUUUACAUGGAGGACAGGAAGGCAGCACUGCUGGUAUUAUUUGUCCCUGAACCUUAUUGACUUUACUCACGGAAAAUCCAAAGGAUUGUGGUGUAUUUGACAUUGCCGUUGGCAAGGGAUGACGAGUUGGU